GCAGGCGAACAGGGAGGGAGCAAGAGAGAGAGAGCGCGCGGACUCCAGGUUGGCGCAGGCACCGGUCCGGGAGAACGGAGCGUUGUGCACAGCGGCAGCAUGGCUUCGUCUCACGGGAGAAGUGACACGCGCUUUGCUGACUGGAUGGCAAGUUUACCGCAGAGCAUGCACACUAUUCCGCUCACCAAUCUGGCUAUUCCCGGUUCCCAUGAUUCCUUCAGCUUCUACAUCGACGAGGCGUCCCCGGUUGGACCCGAGCAGCCGGAGACGGUGCAGAACUUUGUUUCUGUUUUUGGCACGGUGGCCAAGAAACUAAUGAGGAAGUGGUUAGCUACACAGACCUUGAACUUCACCAGCCAACUGGAAGCCGGGAUCCGCUUCUUCGACCUCCGCAUCUCCACAAAGCCCCGCGACCCCGACAACGAGCUGUUCUUCGCCCACGGGCUCUUCAGUGCCACGGUCAGAGAAGGUCUAGAGCAGAUCAGCGGUUUCCUGUCGGCUCACGCCAGAGAGGUUGUUUUCCUGGACUUCAACCACUUCUAUGGCGUCCAGAACAUGCACCAUGAAAAAUUGGUGACCAUGUUAAAAGACGUGUUUGGGGACAAGCUCUGCCCGGUGGUCUUCGCUCAGGAGGUGUGUCUGCAGUAUCUGUGGGAGAAGGAGUACCAGGUGCUUGUCUUCUACCACCACCCCAUGGCCCUGGAGGUGCCCUUCCUGUGGCCCGGGCAGAUGAUGCCCUCUCCCUGGGCCAACACCACCGACCCAGAGAAGCUGGUGCAGUUUCUCCAGGCAUCGGUCACUGACCGCAGGAGGAAGGGGACCUUCUUUGUCUCCCAGGUUGUUCUGACACCAAAGGCCAGCACGGUGAUGAAGGGCGUUGCUAGCGGACUGAGAGAGACGAUCACUGAAAGGGCUUUACCGGGCAUGAUGCAGUGGAUCAGAUCGCAGCGACCCGGGGAGAGCGGCAUCAACAUAAUCACAGCUGACUUUGUGGAGCUCGGCGAGUUCAUCAGCGCCGUCAUCACCCUCAACUAUCACAUGGACGAUGAAGAUGAAGAUGAUGCCACCUGAGAGCUCACGCGGGGGGCGUCGGGGAGCGCGGUCACCACCACUAGCACCGGGGGGCUGGUCUGUGCUCUCCCACUUUUCUCUUUGGCAUUUAGUUCAGGAAGGCAGCUGCUCUGCUCCUUUCACUUUAUUUAGGGCUACUGGGAAUUGAAAGCUCAAACCCUUAAGUGUGUUGAGGUAAAGGGAGUUGGGAUCGAGAGAAACGCCACAGGUGUUUGGCUGGAGCGCGAGGCGAGUGAGGUUAUGGGUUUUAUUUCUAUUUUGGGGAUUAAAAUUAUUUUUCCCGAGGAUGUUGAUUUGCUUUACUUCCUGUGCUUUACAAAUUGUUUUUUUCACACUGAUCAAAAGCACCGUUUUCUGGCUCACCACCUCACCUGGGGUAGUUUGCUCACAGCAUAGAUCAUACAUCUCAGCUAAAUGUAUCGGUACAUUAUUUUUGGUAUUCUAGUGACUUUUAUUUUCAGAAGUUGUUGUAAAAUAAUGUAACUUAAACCACUCUAAUUCUAGGCUGGUUAAAAUAGCUUGCCGUUCUUUGUCCAAACCUAUACAAAGGGGUUUUUUUGUAUUAUUAUCAUAGUAUGCAUCUCUGGUCAAAUCACUGCAGAUGUUUCUAAGAUAAAAAAAAACGGUGUUAAAAGGUGUUAAAAAGUGUUAUUACUAUUUGUUUACUCAGUACAUAGAUAAUAAAUGCACCUUCUUCCAUAUGUUUCUUCAGCAGUAAUUUCUGAAUACGCUUUGCCCCAGUAAUGGUGUCCUUUAAAGUCAACUUGCAGCCCAGACAUUGAUUGAUACCUGUGUGCAUCAGUAAGUCAUUACCUCACUCCAGAUUUUCAGAGUGCAGCUUUAUUAAAAUAAAUCAAUGUACCAAUCAAGCUGUGUACUUUAUGUUUGCCGCAUCUCAAAAAAAGACAACGAUCAUAACAACGUCGGCUAGUUUAAAAUUCAAAGACAGGCAACAGUCGCUACAAGGAAUCUUCAAAAAAUGAGGACAACUAGAAAUGCAAUCAAUACUGCUAGUAAUUUCUGAUGAAGAGCCCAACGUGUCAAAUGCGUUGGAUUUCAUGGUGGGUGCAGUACAGUGCGUCUGGGUACGAGUGUAUCCACGCCUGUGUGGGCGUCUAUACUUACUGCUCUAGUGCAGUAUAUAUAGGAGUCGUCGUGAGAUGUAUCACAGGUUUGUGUCUUUCAUAAUACAACCCAGUCUCACAGCAAAACGUGUAAUAGCUACGUUGUGCAACGUGGUAUUCUAAUACCGUUAUUCAUAAUUACAGGGAAUAAUGUUGCUUAACACUAAACUAAGACAUGUUUUUUUUCUAAAGUCAGAAAAGGCUCAACAUCAUAAUAUGGAGUCAGUGGGUCUUGAUGCAAAAGCAGUGCUGUAACACAUGGGAAAAAAAAUACAAUAAAUGUUUAGUUUAAUGUCUUGCUGUAAAUCUUUGGUGUCUACCUUAUCAGGUAUUAAUGUUUCUGAAUGUUACUGAAUCCCCAAAUUUCUGUUAUAUCAUUUUUUUAAGUUAUAUUUCCCAUGUUUCAAUCGAUGUCAUUCUAUACCCCCGCAGGAUGUCAUUUAAGAUGGGAAACUACUUUAAAAUGGCAUCCAGAAAGAGGUCGUUAAUGGUUUAUUGCGAGGUUUUGCUUCACUUUGCAUGAAAACAAUCACAUACGAGUCAAAACGUCCGCACGUGCUCAGUGUGGCAUUUGCUGCUGAGAAUGUAUUCUGUAAGGACGUCGUUGUGUAGUUUGGUAACGUACAACCAAAACAGGAAACUCAACUCUUUGGAUAUGUGAAUGUAUGUGUAAGUAACUAGCAAAGAAAAUACAAAAUGAUGGAGUGACUGAGUAUGUGCUUGAAACUCCUGUUUUUGUAUUUUAUGCUUCAAUGUGGAGCUCAUGUUAAAGUUGUCGGGUUUCAACAGUUCUUCUUUUCACUUCUGGUUUCAUGUUAAGAUGUUUUAUAUCGUGAAAAAUUUGUACAUACUGUAAUUGCAAAUAGUAUGCUGCCGAUGAAUUGUAAAUUAUUUUAACUUUUGCAAAGUCAUUGACAGUAAUUUCUUAACGUAUAACUGAACUGAGCUAUCAUACUGCUUCUUCUAUUCUUAUUUUCUGUGGAAGCGGAAGCAUGAACAAAACAGUACUUUUUUUCUUUUGUCCAUUAGUAAUUGUGUAUCUUCAGCAUAAUGUUCUCAAAAGCAUCUCGGCUGGGAAUGUUUUUACACUUUAGGACACAUCUCCAAAGUGAUCUAUUUUCUAAGUGUUGCACUGCUAAUAUCCCACACACACCCAAAAUGAAAACAAGCAGACCUUGAAGGCUUGUGAAUUGUGUUGUAAGGACAUGUGUGUCUUUCCUGGUCCAAACUGUUGUCUUUGCCGUUAUGUUCUGGUGUGACAAGAAUCAUUUGCUGUCGUAAAACUCCAAAACUUUUUGUUCAAAGGUUACUCUGUUUUAAGUGGAAACGGCAAAUUAAAUCAAUCAAAUAAAGCAUCCAUGCCUAAUGAGUGAU